UGAGAUUGUGGGCGGACAUUAAUAUUACGUGCGUCGUGUAGACGUAUGACGUUGUGCCCACGUCUUACGUCAACUUAAAAUCGAAGUAGAUUUCUCCAGGCGUACACUCCUUAUUUCUGUAUUGUAACUAACAUUUUUGUACAUAAAUUCUUUAAUAUAGUAUGCUUAAAGCCACAGAGGCUCACCACUGUACAGGAACCUCCAUAAGGAGUACCACGCAUGGGAUCGAAAGCUACGCUUCUCAGCUAAGCUAACGUUGCUGCAUCUUUUAGCAAAACUUGCUAGCUAAGAAGCUAACGCUACCGUCGAGCUAGCUAUGCAUUACUAUUAGCCUAGCCCGCUAACCAGUGACAACUGACAAAGGGCACAGAUGAUCCAGAACACGCCGGAAUGAAAAAAAUAUUUUCCUGUUUGUGUGAUUAGCCACUACAGUUGACACUUUCAGCCUAAAGACAUCCUGUGAAAAAUCCACGCCACAUCCCUCGCUGAAGUUUCUCCUGCAUGUGAACCAUGUGAGGGUCCCUCGGUCCAGUCUGAGGGGAAUCCCAGGACUGUUGAAAAUACAACCCCGCUGUGCGGGGCUGGACUCAACCCAUCUGUGUCUGAGAGAGCAGCCUUUCCGGUAGCCCGCUCCCUGUUGGCACAUUCUUUUUCUCCUUACCAAGGAGACGCGCCAUGAUGUUCCGAGACCAGGUAGGUAUUCUCACAGAUUGGUUCAAAGGCUGGAAUGAGUGUGAACAGACAGUGGCGCUGCUGUCCCUCCUGAAGAGGGCAUCCCGCACCCAGGCUCGCUUUCUACACAUCUGCCUUGAACACUGGCUGGCAGACUGCACUGACAUCCACAUCCUUGAAGCUGAGGCCAACAAUGCAGCAAUUGUCAGCCAAUGGCACCAGGAACCAAAAGAGAAAGUGGUCUCCUUGCUGUUGUCCCAUCUGCCUCUGCUGCAACCACGUAAUAGUGAGGCCAAAUGUGAGUACAUGAAGCUGCUGCAGAAGGUUUUGAGUCACACUAUUGAGAGUAGCCUGUUUGUGGAAGAAAGCAGGCAGCUGCUAUCUUAUGCCCUCAUCCACCCUGCCACCACACUGGAUGACCGCACAUCUCUCGCCAUGUGGCUGAACCACCUGGAGGAGCACCUUUCCAGUGGGUAUACACCACGUGCUCCAUCCAGCCCCUACCACCCACGCCAAGGCUCAGAUGAGUGGCCCAGUUCUGCAGAGUCUCUGGACCCCGGCCUUGUUUGGCACGACAAGUCUCCUUCAUCCAGCACACCUUCAGCAGGCCAGAACGGACACAUGUCAUUCCCAGGCGGGAUGUCCUCACCUAUUAACAGCAAUAAUACAGGCCUUGGUGGGCAGAUGCAGCCCAGCCCUCAGAAGAAGUCCAUGUCCAUUAUUUCUUCCAGUCCCCAGGCUUGUGGGUCUGAGUGGGUUAGCCAGGACGACGCAUUGGGCCGGCAGAACUUUAUUCCGACAGAUCACGCACCCCUUUCACCCCAGAGCAGCGUAGCUUCUUCAGGCAGUGAGCAGACAGAAGAACAAGGCUCUGUUCGCAACACCUUCCAGGAGGAUGGUAGUGGCAUGAAAGAUGUUCCUGCAUGGUUGAAGAGUCUCCGCCUUCAUAAAUAUGCAUCACUUUUCUCCCAGAUGACCUAUGAGGAGAUGAUGAUUCUCACAGAGCAGCACCUGGAGUCACAGAACGUCACUAAAGGAGCACGACAUAAGAUUGCCUUGAGUAUCCAAAAACUGCGAGAGAGGCAGAGUGUGCUCAAGUCUUUAGAAAAGGAUAUUUUGGAAGGGGGAAACCUACGUAAUGCCCUCCAGGAGCUGCAGCAGAUCAUCAUCACACCUAUUAAGGCCUACAGUCCACCCACUGCAGCACAGCCUGCUUCAGACACCACCACCUCACCUUCAGAUUCUACAAAAACAGGAACGGAUAAAGAGCCGGCCCCAGAGGGCUUCCAAUCCAACAAUCCACCUCCCUGUGAUGGAGAUUCCUCAGGUGCACCCAUCUCAGAUGGUGACAUUGCUGGACAGUUCACUCGUGUUAUGGGUAAAGUUUGCACCCAGUUGCUGGUGUCAAGGCCAGAUGAAGAAAAUAUCAGCUGUUACCUUCAGCUAAUUGAGAAGUGUCUGGCACAUGAGGCUUUCACAGAAACUCACAAGAAAAGGCUGGUCUCCUGGAAGCAGCAGGUCCUCAAACUGCUCCGCCUGUUCCCUCGGAAAGCUAUGCUGGACAUGCCUGGGUACCGUCAGAAAGGCUGGACCUAUGGGUCCAACUCCCUCCCCACAGCAGGUUCUGUAAGUGGAGGUGUAGGGCGGCGCGGCCAAAGGCAGUUCCAGAUGACCCCUCGUGGACUUCCAGCUGGACGCAUGUGUCUCCCUGCUGGUAUUGGGGGAGCUUCUCCACGGCACACUCUCACUAGUCCUGCGCUGACAGGACAGGGUAGACAAAGCCUGUGGUUUGCCAACCCUGGAGGCAGUAACAGCAUGCCAAGUCAGAGUCGCAGCUCUGUGCAGCGGACCCACUCGCUCCCUGUCCACACUUCCCCACAAACCAUGCUCAUGUUCCAGCAGCAAGAAUGCCAAGUUCCAGGUGCUGACCUGGAGAUCAACCCUACGCUGGAAUCACUGUGCCUCAGUAUGACAGAGCAUGCCUUAGGGGAUGGAACAGACCGGACUUCAACAAUAUGAAAAGAAGAAAGGAAAAAUACACUUCAUUUGAGGCCUAUUCAGUUCCUCAUCACCCAGCACAAAGAUAAACGUAUGCUUCAGAAAACCAGGCAAAGCAGUCACUACAAAAUGACAAAAAAACUGUGUAUAUGUUCUCUAAUAUUUUUGUACGUUAUUAUAUACAACUAAGUUUAUUAAAAAUGGAAUACAGAUGAUUAUUAUAUUGCAGGACAGAGAAAAAAAAAAAGGUUAACUGUGCAAUCUGCUCCGUGUCACCUGCAGGACUGUGGCAUGAUGUGCAGAGGCUCAGUUUGCCGUUGUGAGAGAAAAACAGUAGAUUGGUGCUUUCAUAAAGGGUUCCGCCCUAUGAGUUAUUCUUCUUUUCCUUCUGCCUUGGAACAAGGCUUUCUAUCCAAAACACACUGACAGCAACAGCCUCUGCACCAUAUAAUGUGUAGAUUCUGAAGAUUUCCAGCCAGAGUUAAGGCACUUUUAAUAAAUGAACUUUGAUAUUAGGCACUAAAUGGUAUUUGGCUCAAUUACACACUUACUGAGGUUCCCCUUGUAAUCAGGUGCUGAUAUACAGACACCAGUAUGCUUUCUAGCCACCGUAAUUGUUCUUUAACCUGUGAUAGUUGGGGCUUUUGUUGGUUGAAACUUGGUCAGCUUUCCUUGGUUCUUUUUGUCGUCUCUAACGAGCAUGUUUUUGUGUCAAAGGAAGGAGAGAGAUGACCAAAAGGCUUGAAGAACAGCUUGUAAUUGAACCACAGGUUUAUCCUUUGUCUUGGUUGUUUUUCCCUUGAACAUGUAGUCAAAAUAGAAGUGACUCUCCUCCUCUAAACUUCUACCAAGCCAAAGAGAAGGGUUGUGUGACUGUCAAUUUGAGAAAGACAUUUAUAGUGAAAUGGUAUACUAUUUUUUAAAAAAGAACAGCGGUUUAAAGAAUUUAUGCCAGCUGCAAUUUGUCUCUGUUAUUUUAUGCCCUACUACAUAAAUGAUGAUGAAUCUCAUUUUGUGCCGAGGAAUCCCCAGAGGGGUGAGUAAGGGCUGUGAGGUUUGUACUGUGUGAGAGCUGAUUUGAUAUUGAAUUGAUAAAAGCAAGGAGCGCAGAGUGUUUUCAAUUUACAGUCUAAUGCCGGGCGAGAAAACUAAAUGAAACCCAUCUCAGCCCUCUGGCCCCCUUAUGAUUGGCUUUGGAAAAUGAAGCUUGAUCUCAUAAUAAAUGCUAUGGAGCACAGCGCCUCACCCUCGCAGUGCCCUCUUCCUCAAAUGGCCAAUGUGAUGAUUUGAUGAAUCAUACUUUUCAAGGUGCUUGACGAUGUUCAUCUUUUUUUCUGUUUGUGUCUCAGUGUGUUUCAGUCUCAGAACCCUAACAUUAUCAUGUGGUAUCAGUGUUGAAUCAAAAACUGUCUUAUACAGCCUCUGUCUGUGAAUGUGGCAGAGCCGGAGGUGCAUGUACGUGUAAUAUGGUCUUAACUUUUGGAUCACUUUUGGUUGCAACAUAAGGCAGGGAUAACCAUUCAAAUUAUUAUUUCAUCAAAAAUAGGUCUGUCUAGUAAAGAUGGUUAUUUACAGAUAUCUUUUUUUUUUCCAAUUGUAUUUUUUACUCUCCCUUGAUAUUGAUAACUUAUGCUUAUUUUCUAUAAUCGCAUGUUUUGCCACACUAAUACCACACUGUUGUAGAUAGAGGGCAUGGUGGUUGAUGGUGCCCAGUGUCACCGGAGAACAGAAAUCUUGCAACUAAUGUUGUAUGUUUAUAUCGCCUAAAUGUCACUGUUUACAUCUCUCUGGGAUGAUGCCAGAUUCAUGUUAUGUGAUGUCAUGCAUAAUCCAUUGUCUCACAAUCUAACACAUUAAAGAACUGAAGCCUUCUCACACCUGAGCAGGCUGGGUAGAUCCCAAAAGCGAGUCUUCUACCCCCCCUAAUCCGUGGACUCCAUAUGAGUUGCAGUAGUGUUUUUUUUGUUUGUUUGUUUGUUUGUUUGUUUUUUUGUUUGUUUUCAAAGGUAUAACUAUAUGAGGCACUUAACGGCUCCUUUUUUUGUUUUUGGUCAUGUGGUGGUGAGAAAGAAUUGUUUCUCAGACCUUGUGAUUAAACUGUUUAGCUGUCAUGUUCUCAUAAACUGUUCAUGUGGUGCCUGAAAUUCUCGCUCCAGCAUCCUCAGCUUUUGUUUUAAUAAUGGUCAUGAGAAGCAUUCUAGUCAUAGAUUUCUUCAGAGCAGGCUCUUGGGAUUAUCUGACUUGUUAAAAGCAUCACACUCAUGCCCGCAAAGGACUUCAGUGAGUUAGCAAUGCUGGCUUUAAGACUUCUGUCUUUUAUUUUUAACUCUUCACUAUCCUGUAUACCAACUAUGUUGUUGCAGAUGGCUCAGAUUAUCCUUCUCAUGGCCUCUGUUGCUUUGGACAGCCUACUUGUUACUUCAAAUAGACACAGAGGUACAGUGCGGCAGAUUUCUACAAGAGUGUGUGUGCGUGUGUGUGUGCGUGUGUGUUUAUAAAGAUGAUGCAGCAGGGGGGUGACAAUGCUUUUCUGAGCCACAUAAUCAUGAUGUGAUUAUGAGUAAACUGAACACUAAUAACUGGCCAAGGAAUAUGUUUACUCCAUGUUUACAUUCCAAGAUCCGUGAUGUUAGUUGGGAAGUGCAUGUAUUAGUUUCAGACUGGUGUAUUUUAACAUGCCACGCACCCACUAAGGAGGUACAGAGCCUGUGUUGCAUGGAGACGUCUACCAAGUGGUCCUGAGACCAUGCUCGUGUCCCAGCAUGGCUUUAUUAUUGAAUUAAUGUAGCCCACCAGCUGCAUAUAUCUAUCUUGUACCAGUUAUAUUUAAUUCUAAAACUCUCCCCCAACUUUUUCUAAUGUUUUAUGAACCUUUUUGCAUCACAUGCUUACACUCUACUUUUUUACUGUCACUCAUAUGUGAAUGGUCUGAAAUGCAACAUCCAUCGGAUCAUUGACAGUCCAAAUAAAGAGGUUCAGUUCUUUUGCAAAUUAA